AUGUCAGGAACAAGAACCCAAGUAGCCGAUUCUUCGACUUCACCGCCUUUAAGUGAAAAUCGGCGGUUGGGUUAUUCGGGACUUAAGUUCGCUUAUGCCGACGGCUCAGAUGACGAAGGUCAUUCUAUAACCACGGAACUACCCUCGUGCGUAUAUGCGGCUGCGAGGACUAGGCUGCAACUGCCUCUUGCGGCCUACGUCCAUCAGCAUUCCAGGCAAUUACAUACAGAUGCGCUUUUGGAGUCAUCGGUUGAGACGGACUAUCAAUGCGGUGGGUCUCCAUACCGCGUGCAACGAGCUGCGGCAAACGUCCGUGAGAGAAGACGGAUGCUGAGGUCCGGACCCAAUGGCAGUAUAAACUCGGCGUUCGACGAAUUGCGAGUGCACGUUCCGACUUUUCCUUAUGAGAAACGUCUCAGCAAGAUCGACACUCUUCGUCUUGCCAUUGCCUACAUAGCGCUCUUGAGAGAAGUUUUGGAUGCUGAUUAUGAUCCAUUGACAUAUGUUGAAAAAUGUCUUCGCGGUGAAAUCAAAGCAGAUCGAGCUCAUUGGAAUACCAGUGAUUUAACAGCUAGACUGUCGUGGAUCAACUGGGAGAACCUCGGAGUAAAUCCGCAGCGGAGAAGUGUCCUCACUUCACUAGCACUCAGUUCCGACAAUCUCCAAUAUCCUCACAAUUGA